AUGUCUAGGACCGUCUUAUCCACCCACGUGCUGGACACUUCUACAGGAAGACCUGCUUAUGGCAUUUUUGUGGAAUUGUACAAGAAAAAAGACGAUUCGUGGGUACUGUGGCAUAACACGGCGACAUCUAGUGAUGGAAGGGUACAAUUUCCGUUUUCUGAACAGUCGAUGGCGCCGGGAACCUACAAGUUGAAAUUUAAUGUUGAAGAUUAUUAUAAGCAAAUGGACAAAAAAACUUUAUAUCCUUUCGUGGAGAUCGUCUUUAAUACGUCAGAAGGCGAACACUACCACAUUCCACUGCUUCUUACUCCCUAUGGUUAUUCAACUUACAGGGGAAGUUAA